GGCCGCCUGUGCCUUGUAAGCCACAUCGCCCCGGUGGAGAAAGUGGGGAGAGGUGGAGGAUGAAGGCAACAGAUCGACGAGAGUCUCUCGUGGAGGAGUUGAGGACACUCUGAACCCAAGGAUUCUUGUUUGUGGAGAAGUGUCUGAUCAUGGUCAGCUGGAUGUAUUAAGAAUCUCUUUUUCUUCAUGACUGUGUGUUGUACAGCUGAAGUGGAUGCUUGCCUUUUUUUUUAACAGGGCUGAUUUCUACCUUGGCUGUAUGUAUUCCAGCUUGUAUUCGAAGUAGAAAUGGCCACAGAAUUCAUCAAGAACUGUUGCAGAGGGUGUCUGUAUAUUGAGAAAGAAAAACACAAUGCCUCUCUGGAGUCCAAAGUUGCAGCCAAAUGUAAAUCAAAUGUUGUGGAGAAACCUCCUUUAUCUUCUGUGUCAGUGAAACGGCAGGUUGGCUGUUCAGAAGAUUAUCUUCUUUCCAAGCUCCCACCAGCUGGCAAGGAAGUACCAUUUGUAGUUCCUCAGUUCAAGCUUGCCUACAUUCAACCCAGGAACCCUGGAAAUCCACACCUUGGGGGAAUUCAAGGUUCUGCCAUAACAUCUUUUGGUGACCGGAAAGCAGAACUAUCCAGUACAUACCAGCAAAGACCUCUCGUUGAUGUAGUCUAUAAUCCAUUCUAUAUGCAGCAACAACUGUCUCGACCUCAGUCUCCAGAUUCGACUGGGUACCACUUAGAAAAAUCAGACAAUAGGAGACUAUAUGGGUCAGUUUGUGAUUUAAGGAGUAGCACUUUGCCAGGCUCAUCAUCUCUGAGUCAUUCUAUGUUUGAUCUCACAAGUCCACCUCACCGAUAUAUGCAGAGAUAUGACUCAGUCUCCAGUGUUCAAAGCAGCACUUCCUCUAGGAAUGACUCACAAGGUAGUAACAGGAGUUUAGAUACAAUUACAUUAUCGGGUGACGAAAGAGAAUUUGGAAAGCUUAAUGUGAAAGUGUGCUAUCUUUCUCCAGUGGAACAGAUCUGGAUCACCAUCCUGCAAUGCAAAGAUCUGAGCUGGUCAUCUAACUUUGGAGAACAUGCUUAUAUUUCUAUCAAGGGAAUCCUUACACUACCCAAACCAAUACAGUUCAGGUGUUCAGCAAAAGAAGCUUCCAAUGUUAUAGAAUUCAUGGAAACUUUUGUGUUUGCUAUCAAAUUGCAACUCCUACAGACUGCAAGAUUAGUAUUCAAAGUGCAAGUUCAGACUCCUAGGAAAAAAACUAUAGGAGAGUGCACACUGCCGCUGCGAGAUCUCAGCUCACAAGAAACAGACCACAGUUUGACGAUAGUAUCUCCAUCCAAAACUUCAGUGUGUUCUGCAGAACUCAAAAUAGGCACCUGUUUUCAAGCAGUAAACAGCCGGAUCCAGUUGCAAAUUCUUGAAGCCCAAAACCUUCCAAGCUCAUCCACACCACUGUCUUCAAAUUAUUUUGUGAAGGCUGUUAUGCUUAGCAGUGAAGGACUCGUUAAUAAGAAAAAGACCCGACUACUGAAAUCCACGAGUGGUCAUGUAAAGUGGGGAGAAACUAUGAUUUUUCCAGUGAGUCAGAAUGAGUAUGGGAUAAACUUUCUCAUCAAACUUUAUAGCAGGAGCUCAGUAAGAAGAAAACACUGCUUGGGACAGGUCUGGCUAAGCAGUGAGAGCAGCAGUACUGAAGCUGCUGAUCAGUGGCGAGACACACUUGCUAAUCCAGAGAAGGUUGUUGUUAAGUGGCAUAAUGUUUGCCAUGCAUAAUGGUGCCGUGGACAGUACUUUUAGUACUAUAUGGACUUCAGCAAAGAGGCUUCUGCACUUAUUUAAAAUAAACAGCUAUUUUUUGGGAGAGAAGGAAAAUAAAUGUUUACAUGGAUCAUAUACCAUGUCGCUUCUGAACAGUAGAAUGAGUAAAAGAUCAAUUGUGUUGAGGGGGCAAAAGACUAAGUGGAGACUCUUAGCAGUGUCCAUGGAAUUCAAAGUCUUUGCAAAAUUAGUGGCCUGACUAUUGACUAGUUUUUAUUUUCUGUAACGAUUAUAUAUAAAACGUAUGUAUUUAUGCACAUCUUAAAAAAAGAAACUGAGACGAUUGUAUAUUUAUGCUCAUCUUAAAAUGAAGUUGUUCUCAAGAACUUCAAUCAAACUUUAAUUGGAAGGGAUUUCCUUUGCAAAGACUUGUUUCCUUGCUUUUUAUCAGUUGAAAACUGUGUCUCAGCUACCACCUUGUCUCUGAAACUAUUCUAUUGAUAUAUUUCUGAUUCUGUCAUAAGCAGGAGGGAUGAGGGUAGUAUUUUACAAAACCUUAAAGCUUCUGAUUAAUUUUGAAGAAUGCACACUUGUCAUGAUGGGUGUUGGAUUUUAAGGGAAAGAGAAGGCUGGCAUAUCAAAAGACCUACCUUGCACAAAAUAAUCUGGCAUUUUCUGCAUCUUUUCAAAGCAGAAGUGCCAAGUCACAAUUUCCUGCCAUAUAUUUGGAUAUUAGACUGAGUUCACAGCUGUGAACAGAGAUGUUAGGUUAAUAGUGAGCCCAUUAAGGGGCAGGAGGUUGUACAUGUGAGCCUCUUGUUCCAGGCCAAAAGCCAGUAGGGCAAGAAUCUGAGCUUUCCUUUGAAUCGGAAGACUGCACUGAAGCACUCUUCCUAACCUUGUGCACACCAGGUAUAUGGGAUCCCGUAUUCUAGCUCCCCGAUUUAUAACCAUGUUGACUGGAAUUAUUGGGAGCUGUAGGCCAAAGCUUUAUUUAGCCCUUUGAAAUGAGAGGAAUAAAGCAAAGUGUCUGACACUAUAAGAAAUGAGUCCACUCCUGCUUUUCAGUGUCUGGAGUUAAAUGGGUCAAGAGUUUGUUGUAAAUUGUGGAUUAGAUGCGUAAAUAAUCUAUGGAUAGCCAAACUAGCAUGUGUAUGUUGAGAGAUUGCAGUCAUUGUGAACUGGAGUCUGAGGGUCCAGUAGCACAGCUACAGUAUAACCAUGCUUCUGCUCCCACCUGCUUUCCAAUUCAGUAGUCUAGAGACAAAUCUGCUUUGAGGCAAAACGGCUGCAGUGUGUGCUAGAAUUACAACAAUAGGAUGAUCCACACAUGAAUUUGACGAACAACACUUGAAAUGAGUUUCCAUGGGAAUAUUAAAUGCAUUUUAUGCAAUUCAUUUGAAAGGAUCCAUAGCCUCCUUAAUCAGAUUAGACAUGUCCACUUUAACUUAGAAAAAAAAAUCAGUUUUCUGAAAACCUGCUGUUGUAUUCACUUGAAUAGAAGAUUUGAUCUAGUGCUAAUCCUUGUGCUGGCAUUGCCAUGGAUAUUGUUUCUGUUUCUAAGUAACAACUAAGAUACAUAGGCACAGAUACAAGCCACUUAAAAUAUGUUACAGCCAGAACUAUUGCACUUUACUUGCACCAUCUAUCAUUUUUAUAGAUUCUUAAAAUUUCAGAAGUUCUGUUUGUAAUACUGACAGAGUCUGUGGAGAGAACAUGUCCAUAUUCCUGGGAAGAUCAGCUAAUGUACAAAUAGUCACUGAAUCCCCCAAAUAAGAAUAAAUAAGUUGAUUUUGUGCAGUUUGGGCACUCAGGCUCAAAAAGGUUCGCCAUCAUUGUGCUAGGGCCUUAUAGUCUACAUAUAAAGUAUGUUUUCCACUAUUGAGCUACAAUUCCUCCCCAAGCCUACAACAUGCUGUAUAGCUUCCAGACUAAGCACAUACUCAAAUGAUGCAUAAUGCAUUGGGCACCACUCAGACAGAAUGGCUUCAUUAACAAUGCUACAGGGUAAAGUAGAUGGUGAAUUAGCAUAAAUUUCCCCAAUAUGAUUUCAGUACAAUGCCCAAAGGAAAUUUGGGAGUUGAGGGAGAAAGGAAACAGCCACCAACACACUAUGUGCACCUUGGUGGAAGUGAGCCUAAGCACAGUAGCAUUUAUGAAUUUGGUUUGCAUUAUACAUGGCCACCUGCUGGAUCUCAAAAGGGAUUUUGGAAGCCUUUGAUACAGCCCUUCCACAAAUAGUAUUAAUUCCCUUUAUUACUAACGGCUCUUUGGCCAUGUUCUGAAGGUUGUUCUUCCUAAUGUUUUGCCAGUCUCUGUGGCCAGCAUCUUCAGAGGACAGUAUAUUAUAAGUAAUAGAUUAUGAUUCUACGAUAUUAUGUUUCUGAAUCCACUAUUCAAAAUGCCAGUAAAAGCCCAAUAUUGUGCCUAUGUUGCCAGCUGGAAAAAGGAUGCCAGGUUUUACAUAGCAAAGGACAAUCUGGAUGCUGGCAACAUCAUGGCGGCAACAUCAUGGCAGCAGUCAAAGUGGUCUCAGGAUACUCUCUUGUGCUCACUACCAUUUGCAAAGAGACAUCAAGCAAGGAAAAAUCUGAGAAGCUGACUACAUUUUUCAUCAAUUAACCACUUGUGACGUCAUGGUACAUAACAUCUCUGUAUGGUUUUUUUUAAAGAAUCAGUUGUAUAGUAACAAGUAAAAUGGUUGAGUCUAUGCCAGAAUAUAGGCACUAAGGCUCUGCUUACAUUGAGUAAACUCAAAAACCCUUUUGCCCAAAUUUCCCCUUAUUGGCGCAGAGCAGACUGAUUGGUGCACCUAUGCCAUAUUUGGUACUUAUCUAUAGCCCAGUUUCAAAGUUAUAAUUUUUUGUGAAGGCUGCCCUUUUUUAGAUUUGCCUUGUACAAUGUUGAUUUGCUCUACCAGGAAAAGAUUACUCCAUUACUUCCUUUGAAUUGAUAAAUUCACACUUGGGCAGUAAUAAUGAAUGUAUGAAGUUAGAUGUAUGUGUCUAGCAGAUGUUUUGAUUUGGUAAAUGUAUCCCGUCAGCAUUCUCUCAGUUUUUAAAUGUUUCAGGGGGGAUCAUUUUGUAACAAGAGAACCACACACACUGAUAUAUCUAUCUACUGAUGCAUGGCAGGAAAGAUAUGGCAUGACAUGUCAAUUUUAAAUGAAUUUCAGAUAUCAGUUCAUGCCUUAGGACUGGACAUUCUGAGAGCACUGUUCAGGUCAUUCUUUAACUAAUUGUUGCCUAUACAGCUGAAUCAACAAAAUAAAAAAUAACAGUACAUUUGCUUGUUUUCUUUCUAUACAUACACAUUUUAGUAAGUUGCCGAAAAUACAAGGCACAGAGCAUUUCAGGGAGUUAUCAAAUGAUGCCUUAUUUAUAUACCAUUCUGUCAAUGUGAUGUUUCAAGAAAGUUUCAUCAGUUGUGCAUUUUAUGAACUGCAAUGUAUUGCUACCUAUACUGAUAAUGUCUAAUUAUUUUCUUUAUUCUUAUCAGAGCAUUGCAUAAUUUAAA